UUCUUUUAACUUUGAAUUUUCUCACUUUUUUCUCAAAAUGUUGUUUCUUAUUGUGUGCUGUGUGGUAUUAAUUAUUGGAAUAAUUUGUUUUUCUCUAGGUCAUGAUUCAAAUUUCCCUCCAGGACCAAGAGGUUUGCCAAUUCUAGGCAAUAUUGUAGAUUUAUUAAUUCUUCUCAAAAAAACUGGAUUUUUUGCCGGAGUUUUUUCUGAAUUAGCUGAAAUUUAUGGGCCAAUUGUCGGAUUGCGUUUGGGGCCAAUGAAUACAUUUAUUGUUGUUUCUGGAAGGGAGGCAGUUUCAGAAAUGUUACGACAUCGAGAAUUUGAUGGUAGACCAGAUAGUUUUUCUUAUAGAUUCAGAACGAUGGGUGAGAGAAGGGGGAUUAUUUUUAACGACGGACGUGUUUGUGAAAAUAAUAGAAGGUUUGCUCUAAAGCACUUGAAGGAACUCGGAUUCGGAAAAAAGACAAUGGAAGAUAUAAUUUUGGAAAAUGCUCUUUCGUUGAUACAAACAAUUGAAAAGAAAGCAAAAGAUGGUCUAAUUGAAGAUUUUACUCACAUGUCUUCUAUCGCUAUUUUGAACAAUACCUGGUCCUUUAUAGCAGGCUCCAAAUUUAGUGAGGAGGAUUCGAAAGUUCGCGAUGUUCUGGAGAUGCUGAAUAAUAAUACGAAACAGAGCAGUUUAACGUGGUUCUGUUUGGACUAUUUGCCUUUUUUAAGAUACAUUAUUCCAGGAUACAGUGGCUAUUCAGAAUUCAUAGAGCGACAUUCACGUAUUUGGAUAUAUUUUUUGGAUGAAAUUCUAAAACACAAAAUCACAAGAAUCGAUGGUGUUUCUAGAGAUCUGAUUGACUCAUAUCUCGGGGAAAUUGAUAAACAAAAAAAUGAAUAUACAUCUCUUUUAAAUGAGGAAGAACUCGUUGCCCUUAUGAAAGAUUUUUUUGCGGCUGGAGUGGAAACAACCAAUAAUAGCUUCGGAUUUAUAAUUCUUUAUAUCACAAUAAGAAAAGAUGUACAAAAAAAGUUACAUCAAGAAAUUGAUGAGGUGAUUGGAAAAGAUUCAUUGCCUUCUCUUGUCUUCAAAGGCAAGUUAUCAUACACGAAUGCAACUAUUGCUGAAGUUUUAAGAAUGCGAAUUUGGCCAGUGUUCACAUGGAUGAGAAAUAUUGGGGAGAUCCUAAAAUAUUUCGACCUGAAAGAUUUAUCAAUGAAAAGGGAGAAUUUGUAGACGAUCAGUGGCUCAUUCCUUUUGGUGCAGGUCGUAGAAAAUGCAUAGGAGAUGUUUUAGCAAAACAUAGUUUACUUUUGUUUACCAUCUGCCUUCUACAAACAUUCACAUUUGAAUUGGCUCCAGGCGAAAAACCACCCUACCUAGGACU